UGGCUGUCAUGAUCUAUACGAGGCCCAGCCGCCGGAUAAAGCUUGCCCGAAUUUGUCAUGGAAAGUUCGGGCGCGGAAUCCACCAUGCAGCCCACAGCAGAGGAUUACCUAGAGCAACCCGGCUCGGACGAGAAACCCGACUACGAUCCUUAUCUGAUAGAUUCUUUCGAAGAGGGAGACCUGCGAAUCCACAGGUAUUUAUGCCACACCGUUGGAAUGUUAUUCGUCGAAUUUAACGCCUCGAUCAAGAACUGGAGCAAGCUGCAGCGAUGGUAUCUUACCGUCUUCUCAGGCCUCUUGGUACUGAAUGCAACAUUCGCGAGCGCUGCGCGUCAGUCCAAUCCUUUCCUGCGGCUAGCUAUCAUUCAUGGGAUCAUGUCAGCUUCUGGAAUCGCCCCUCUGUUGGCAGAGCAUUACCAUCUCUCGGCAGAGGGGACGACUUUGGCCCUCUCUCUUUUCAUCGUCAGACUCCGCCGCAUCUGUGAUGACUGCGUCUCCCUGACAUGCUGCUAGACUGGUUAUAUCGUGGGGCCUAUGCUCUGGGGACCUUUAAGUGAACA